AUGCAGGUUAUUGGGAUCAACGAGUACGUCCUCAUGAAUAGCAUCUCCGGAAUGUUGCAUUCAGUGAUUGGCUGUCAGCCGCUCCUAGUUCUGCGGCCCACAGGGCCCAUCACUCUCCUCAUCGAGAAGCUCCACGAGGCCAGCGACUGGCUCUCCCUGCCUUUCUGGCCACUGCUGGCCUGGACUGGCAUGUUCGUCGGUCUGUACAUGUUUCUCAUCGCUGCUUUUGAAGUAAGCAGACUCAUCAAGUAUGUCACAGCCUUCACAGAGAACAUCUUCGCCAUGUUUAUCGGCACUGUCUACAUCAAUGACGGAGUUCAAGGUAUGAUUAGGUUAUGGAGCAGCGCUCAAGCUGAUGUGGAAGCGCAGAAGUUGUUGGUCUUGAACAUGACAUUGGGCUGCACACUCCUGGCCCUUUUCCUCAGCAAUUUGGACGGCACAUCAUGGGCCACAUAUCGCAUUCGAAUGAUUCUCAUGGAUUAUGCGCUGACAAUAUCCAUUUUCAUUCUUGCUGGCGUGGCGGCCCUUCUCAACGCGCAUUUCUUUCCGGUUGACUUCAUCGACAGCACCAGCCUAGGCAUUGGUCUUGCAAAAAGCGCUGCCCGUGUGGCUCCAGCCAGCCAUUGA